CCAUCUUGGAAGCGGGCAAGGCCGGGCCGGGCCGGGCCCGUCAGCGCGGCGCGCCCGUGGGGGCGGAGGGCGCGGGCCGAUGACGGGGCUGAAAAGGCCGGGCCGGGCCGGGCGGCGGAGACGGGGAGUGCGGGCGCGGCGCAGAGGUCCAGUGAUACAGCAGACAUGGCGGAGUAUGGAAUCUCAGUUGGCCAGCGUGUGGUAGUGAUCUGGGAUAGCUCCUCACCUGUUGAAGGACUGAAGAAUCUGGUGGCUAAGAUUCAGGCAUUGGUGGGACCUGAGAGCCGCGUAUCCGUGGAAAAUAUUGACCAACUGUCCCAUUCGGCUCAUGCAGAGUCCAGCUUUGAUGUGGUUCUGUCAGGCAUGGUACCAGGCAGUAUGACACUGCACAGUGCGGAGGUGCUGGCAGAAAUAGCUCGGAUACUCAAGCCCGGGGGUUGUGUCCUUCUGAAAGAACCAGUGUCUUCGCAAAUAGGUGACAACAGCCAAAUCAAGACAGCAGCCAGGCUCCUCACGGCUCUAACGCUUUCCGGGCUGGUGGAAGUGAAGGAGCUGCUGAAGGAGCCUUUGACCCCUGAGGAGACCCAGUCAGUCCAAGAGCAUCUGGGGUACCAAGGCAAUGACCUUUUGUCUGUUCAAAUGGAAGGCAAGAAACCCAACUUUGAAGUGGGAUCCUCAAGUCAGCUCAAACUUUCCUUUGCUAAGAAAUCUGCUUCAUCAGGCAAGCCUGCUGUGGACCCUGCUGCUGCAAAGCUAUGGACUCUCUCUGCCAAUGAUAUGGAUGAUGAGGGAAUGGAUCUCCUGGACUCAGAUGAGUUGCUAGAUUCUGAGGAUCUGAAGAAGCCAGAUCCAUCUUCCCUCAAAGCUCCAUCCUGUAAGGAAUCGGGUAAAAAGAAAGCCUGCAAGAACUGCACGUGUGGCCUCGCGGAGGACCUGGAGCAAGAGAAGAAAGAGAGCUUGAAGCCCAAAUCUGCUUGUGGAAAUUGUUACCUGGGGGAUGCAUUCCGCUGUGCCAGCUGCCCCUACAUGGGGAUGCCGGCCUUUAAACCUGGAGAGAAGAUACUCCUGGCUGAGAACAAUCUUCAUGAUGCCUAAUAGGGGGAUGUUACAGAGACACCAUUGGCGCAUAGCAGUUCCAUAGCUCACUGGCUUCAGAGCUUACGUCAGCCCCUCUCCCCUCCCAUCUCCUCAAAUUUCCCUCUCCGGGAAAUGCUUCUUUAUGGGGAGGGGAGAAGAAGUGGGGGUGGGUUGGGACGUUGAGGGCAUGUGGAGCUGAUGUGAACUAAAAGUGUGAUCUCAAUAGACUUAAUUAACUUUUGGGUAAUUGAUAAUCUGCAGUGAUGUCCGGUUUCCUGUCAUGUAUGAAUUACAGACUUGUUAAUGUUAGGUUUUCAGAUUUAUCGGCUGAACACUGAGAGGCGCUGGCCGUCAUAGUAUGUGCUAUUGGCAGAAGGGGUAUGUACAAUGGGAAUCGGAUGCCAGGCUGAUCUUAUCUGAGUGUAUCUGGAACCCCAGCUAAUGCCUCUGAGCUCAGAUCAGACCACUCUUUACCAUAUUUAUUCCUGGGGAGUUAGCGUAGUUUUUGCUCAAGUCUCUUCAGAUGACACCUAUCUCCUGCUCUCUUUGGGGCUUAGUGUAUUAAAACAUGGAGCUGGUUUGUCAUUCCAUGUGAUGUACACAAAGGAAUUCGUAGGAACUGUUAGCAAAGAGAAUCCUAUGAAAGUCCCUUGCAGAAUUAAGCAAACAUAAUGGAUUUCCAAGUGUCCUGAGAAGCUGCUAGUGAUAAACUUUCUGUCCUUUCCCUGCCCUCACUCCUUCCAUGAAAAGGUAAAACUUCAUUCAAGCAGCUUGAGAACAGUCCAGCCUGUAAGGUAGGAAGUGGAUUAUAUAUGGAGUCUCUGCCUUGCUCUCCCUUCUUCCAUUCAAUAAGCACCAGGAACAUAAGGAUUAAUGCUAGUGAAUAUCUUAUACUAAUUAAAAAGAAGAUAGUUAAUAGACCAUUGUAGGUAACUAAGACUUAGCAAUAACUACUGAAUUAUCUUAAUCUUGGGAUGCUAUGUGCCACCAUCUCUUUCCCCUCCCUGAGAGAAGCUGACCUUUGACAGUGUGUUAGUAUUUAUUUACCUACGUGGUGCUACAGUGUGAAUGAUUUUCAGAGCUGUAGCUAACCUCCCCUCCCUGCAGCUUCAGGACAAGGGAGUCUUCCUGAGAAGUUCCCUGUUGUUCAUCAGGUUUAUUUUCCUUGGUUUUCCACCUCACACCCUCAUAUCAACUCUUUUUUGUGUAUGAAAAUGAAUCAUCCUAUAUAGAGCCACUCUGGUACAGGAUGCAACUUCACAUUCUUGUCAUUACCCUGCACUGACUUGAAAUAAGCUCAUGUAGUGGGUUAGGAUUAAGGGAUGUUCUGUUUUUAAAGGCUGUGACCACAAAUAAAACAUUUGUUAAAAAUU